GGCGCCAUGGUUCUCUGUGCUGUGGUCUCUGCGUCUCUUUUCUCCCUUCAAGGAGAGCUGCUGCUGCUUUUCAGGCCAAAUAAUAAUUUGUAGAGAGGGAUUGUGAAGCACACACUCAUCACAUGUAUCCUGUACCUGUGCCCCUCUGAUGCUGUGAGUGGGGGACUGGGACACAAUAGUAACAUCACAGAGGGAGCUGAGCUCAGGGGAGUAAGCAGCAGAGACCUCAGGCUCUGUCCCUAACUCCUACAGUGACUACAGUGACUGACUCCCGUUCCAGCCCCUCUUGCUCUUUGUCCUGCCUUUUCCAGAACAGUGUUGACCUGAGAGGGCUGAAUAAGAAAAGAAUUCCCUGAUGCCCCAAGCUGUCACUGGAAGGAACGAAGGGAACUGAGACAUUUCUUCAGAGUCUCUGUGGCCCUCAUGGUCCUGUGGUUCCUCAUCGUCCUGCACGUCCCAGAGGAAAACAAAGAUGUCAAAACUAUGGUGAUCAAGCAUGGCAGUAAGAACUCCAAAUCACUAAACAGCUGGCAGAGCAUCACUUCCAAGUACCUGAAAGAAAUCCAUCAGAGAAGAAAGACAUGGUUGACAGUGGGGAUCACCUCAGAGUCAGGACACGGUCAAAAUGGCCUCCUGGAUACCCUGGCCUCCCUGUACCACGCCUCCUCCACGUCUGAGCAGAGACAAAUGACUGUGCUGGUCCACCUGGCCGACUCUGACCCCACCUGGCUCAAGAGAACUAUCUUCCGCAUUUCAAGUCUCUACAGGUCCCAGAUUUUGACAGGGCAAUUACUACUGAUCCAUGCCCCACCUGAUGCCUACCCCACUGUGUCUAAUGUCCAGAAGGAGAUCUCUCAGGGGCAGAUCUACUCCAAGCAGAAUGUAGAUCACGCUUUCCUCAUGAGCUUUGCUACAAAGCUCUCCCCUUACUUCCUGUUGAUAGAGGACGAUGUCUUUUGUGCCCCCAAUUUUGUCGACCACAUUCGCUCAAAGGUGAUCGGCAGGAAGCCCAACACAUGGGUGCUCCUGGAGUUCUCUAAUAUGGGCAUCCUGGGUAAACUUCUCCACAGCAAGGACCUUCCACUCCUGACCCGUUUCCUCCUCCUCUUCCACAAGGAGCGACCUCUCGACUGGCUGAUCCGUCAUUUCUGUACCCUCUUGGCCCAGCAAAGUCCAAUCCUCUACAGACCCUUUCUCUUCUACCAUAGGUUGACUCACUCCACUUUCACAAACAACGUAACAGACCAGGAACAAGAUCUUCCUUGUCCCGAUAGCCUCACUGGAACUGUUUUCACAGACAUGAGGUUCUCUGAUGUUCAUUCCCCGCAGGCGGCCUACACUCUGGACGAGUCUUUCUUUUGGUCCUACAAUGUCAGUACAGGGAACUACUUGAUCUUGAUUUUGAACAAUCCAGCGAACCUCGACAGAGUGCAAGUAAGAACAGGCUCCAUCAUGGAUGGAAAGUACAUCCUAGAGAAAGGACAGGUGGAACUAGGCUACGAGCCUGAGGGAACGCCCCCGAACUGCACCAGCUUUACCCUGCUUGGCCAUCUUGUGCAGGGGCAGAUGGAUCAGAUCAUCCUGAAAAGCGCUGGGUCUGAAGUAAGCUGCGUGAAGCUGGCAGUGAACGCUAAUCAGGUCGGUGGUCUCAUGGUCAGGCAUAUCUACAUCUGGGGGGAGAAUGCCGAAGUCAGAAGAAAUAAUCAAAGAUAUGAUAAGUGGUGAUGCUAUGUCAGUACGAACAAUUAAAAGCUCGAACCGUUUCAUCCA